AUGACAGCAAGGACUAUUGACCGGACAGACCCCCUUGAUCAGCCUCUCUCGAGGAAAGAUCAUGUUUUGGCAGAAUAUCAGAAGCACACGACGGCCCAUGCUACCACCGUUGCAAAGGGCUUCUACGAUGGAGAGGAUCUAAGUGGCCUGGAUCCAGACCUCAUCACGCUGGACUCCGAGGCAGGUGAAAACCCUCAAAAAUGGACAUUGAAGCGCAAGUGGGCAACUACUGCCUUCACAGCAAUCUUCUGUUUCAUACCUCCAUUUGCCAGUACAAUCUUCGCUCCCGCACUCCUACUUGUCAUGGCCGACCUUGACAUCUCUGAUGCUACCAUCGGAGCCCUCCAGGUUUCCAUAUUCUUGUUUUCCUUUGGCAUUGGCCCUCUCUUCCUUGCGCCAUUGGGUGAGCUUUACGGACGGACCAUCAUCGUUCAUACUGGAAAUAUCGUCUUUGUUGCGUUUUCGAUCGGCAGUGGCUUUGCACAGACGGUCGCCCAACUAUCAGUUUGUCGUCUCCUGGCUGGCCUCGGCGGUUCUGCAGGCACGAGCAUUUUUGGUGGAAUUCUGGCUGAUAUCUGGGACAUCAAAGGACGGGUAAAAGCGUCAGGCCUAAUUACUACUGGAAUAAUCAUCGGGCCCGUUCUUGGUCCCGUCUGCGGCGGUUGGAUGUCUGAGCGAGCUUCAUGGCGCUGGACUUGUUGGAUUCCGGCUAUGGCUGCAGCAGUUGCAGGGGCUGUAGCUUUGAUAUGGAUGCGCGAAUCCCACGCACCUACCAUUCUGCAGCGGAAGGUUCGCAAAGUUCGUCAAUCCGAGCCGGGUAGAGAUUUCUAUACCGUCUUCGACCUUGAUCUCAAUCCAUCGAGUAAGACACCAAAAGCUGGUCAGGUGCUGUCAAAGGCUAUCCGGCCUGUUUUAUAUCUCGUCCUCGACCCGGUUCUUUGCCUCUUGUCGAUAUAUUAUGCGUUCGUCUUUGGAGAACUGUACCUCCUCGUCACAACGUUCUCAGAAAUCUUCUCCCUUGGCUACGGCCACAGUGCAGGCAUCGUCGGCAUCGACCUCCUCGCCCAGGGAAUUGGAAGUAUCAUUGGAUUAUUUGUAACCAUGAAACUACUAGAGUAUGUUUAUAAACGCCAGAUGCGGUCUGAGAAGGGAUAUAAUCCGGAAUCUAGAUUGGUAUCUGCGUUCCCAGGAGCUUUGAUCCUGACUGCAGGUCUAUUCAUCUAUGGUUUCACCGCGCUACGUGUGCACUUCAUAGUGCCGCUGCUCGGUUUGUUGAUCUUCUCGCUAGGGGCAAUGAAUAUAUUUCUGGCAAUCCAACUCUACAUCGUCGACUGCUUCGAGUACGCCGCUUCCGCCAUUGCGGCCUUGGGCUUCCUCCGCUUCAUGUUCGCUGGUGCAUUCCCCCUCUUCGGCUCGCGCCUUUUCGAUGCGCUGGGGGUUGACUGGGGCGUUGGACUCCUUGCUUUUCUCUCUUUGGGACUUGGAGGGCCGUUUCUGCCGCUUAUUUAUAUAUUCGGACAGCGGUUGAGGCGGGUGGGAAAGGAGAAUCUUGCAAAGGCUGGUGGUUUUUAG